AUUAUUUACUACGAAGAUUUCUACGAGGACACCUUUAUUGUUAUGAGAAGUGUGAGCAACAGUUUAAUUCAUAAUUCGAACUGGACUUUUUUUAAAUGGAAAUAACCGCUGUGUUUUAGAAAAGGAUACCUACACUUAGUAAAAUGCCGUCGCUUUUAGAAGCGCUGGAGCGCAAGUACGGCGCAAAAGGUGAAGUAAAUCCCGCCAUAGAUGAUAUACCAGUUGCGAUCUUCGUGCCCAAACGCUCGCACAGACUCAGCGUGCCCACGCUUUUGGUGCUGAACGAUUGUGAUAUUGACUGCGCUGGAGACGCGAAUGCCUUAGCUGAUAAAUGUGCUGAUGUGGUCGAACUGGAUCUUGCCAAUAAUAAACUUAGUGAUUGGAAGGAGAUAUUUGCAGUACUGGAGCAGACUCCUCGCGUCAGAUUUUUAAACCUGAGCUUCAACCGGUUGUCCGCACAAAUUCAAGCGGCGCAAGCACUACGUCCGCGCUGGGACUUUUUAAGCCAUCUUGUCUUAAAUUCCACUUAUGUCGGGUGGCAGAGCAUCCUCGGUUUACUCAAGGUUCUACCAGCUCUUGAAGAGAUGCAUCUGAGCCUUAACGAGUAUUCCUACGUGAAUUUAAGCGGGAAGGAAGCCGAUGAGAAGGACGUUUGCGAAGGAUGUUCCCGCCUCAACAUUGACGUUACUGAACCUGUGCAUGAACAGUUGAGGCAACUCCAUUUCUCUGGAAACCCCUGCAGCAAUUGGAGGGAGAUUUCUAAAUUGGGUUACGCUUUCCCGAACCUAGAUACCCUUCUGGUCAAUGACUGUACCUUGACUACUUUGGAACCGGAUCCGUGUGAUAAGUGUGAUGACAAAAAUGGGAAUAAGGAGAGCCAUGACGCUUUUCCACACCUGCGGUUCCUCAACCUAAACAACACUGGUCUGGCAACGUGGGAUGAAGUGGACAGGCUUGCCAAAUUUCCCGCUCUCAAGAGUUUACGAGUGCAGGGCUGGCCGCUAUGGGAACGCUUCGAGUCUACGGAGCACGAAAGGCGAUUGCUGCUGUUAGCAAGACUACCGCAUGUCAGAACUCUAAAUGGCGGCGGCACCGUACCGCCUGAAGAAAGGGACGCGGCUGAACGGGCCUUCAUCAGAUACUACAUGGAGAAACCAGAGUCCGACCGACCUGAUAGGUACUGGGAGCUAGUAAGCGUUCAUGGAAAGCUCGACCCUCUGGUGUCGGUUGACCUGAGACCAGAAAAGCGAGUGCAGAUCACCUUCACAUGUGGAGAUACUAGCGAAGUCAGAACUGUCGAUGUUUACAGGACCGUCUCCGAUCUGAAAACACGGCUGGAGCGGCUGGCAGGAUUCCCCGCUUCCAAAAUGCGUUUGUUCUACGUCGAUCAGGAACUCCGAGACUCGCAGGGUCCAGAGGAAAUGAAAUUCCCCACGAAACAGCUGUACUCGUACAACAUCCGGUCUGGCGACGAAAUCAUCAUAGAGUCAAAACUUAAGCACUCUAUUUCCGCUAACUCAGGCGCGUGAAAAUGUAUCUCGAAAGUUUUAUCAACUACCGUCAUUUACCGUAUUGAAAUUGCAAGUUUGAACUUUGAAUACAGUAGAUAAUUACUAUUCU